AUGGAGCUGGCAGACAGACUCUACCAAGCAGCCUGCGAUGGAGACGAGACGGCGGUGCGGAAGCUGCUGGCGGCAGGCGCUCGGGCGGAUCAAGCCAACGAGGAUGGCUGGCUGCCCCUGCACUUUGCCAGCUCCUGCGGCCACGAGGGGGAGGCGGCCCCAUCCACGGCUUCAGCUGCCCCAGCCACAGCCUUGGCGAUGGAGCACGACGGGUGGACACCGCUGCACCGUGCGGCUGAGCGUGGGAACAUUGAAGCUUUGACGCUGCUGCUGGAGGUGGCGCCAGAGCUGGCUUUUGCACCGGAUGCUUUUGGCGAGACGGCACUGCAUCAGGUGCUGCGCUGCGGCCACAGCCCAGCAGACCGAGUCCUGGAGAUGGCGCGCUGCCUGCGCUCGACUGCCGAGGCGGGGUGGCUGGUCGGGCAGCUGGUGGAGGGGCAGCGCGAGCGACUGCGGGCGGCGGCGCUCACCCUGGCACGGGGGGCAGGCCUAGUGCUGCCAAUCAGCGGCAUUGGCGGCUACAUCUGA